GCUCAUGAAAAUGUAGAUACCAGGUACUCUCCCUUUUUCUUUCAAAGACAUUUUCGCUCUAAAUUCAUACGGUACAACCUAACGUUAGUUAGAUUUUUCCUGUUCGAAGUCUACUUUGGAAACGCUGCGGUGUCGCUGCUGAGCGGAACUAGGCUUUCGUUUCCCCGUUUCCUGUCGGAUCGUUCCUGAGCGUGACACGUUAAAAUGGCGGAGCGGGAAGAAGCGGUGAGGGGAUUCGUCGCUGUAACUGAUGUUGAUGAAGAGAGGGCCCGUUUCUUCCUCGAGUCAGCCGGCUGGGACCUACAGCUUGCUUUAGCUAAUUUCUUUGAAGAUGGAGGAGAUGAUGAUAUUGCCACCCUCCCUCAGCCAGAGUCUGGCUCUGUUAGUCGAUCCACGGGGCCAAGUGCACACAGAGUGACAUCCUUUAGAGAUCUUAUGCAUGAGGAUGAAGAUGACAGUGGUGAAGAGGAAGGCCAGAGGUUCUUUGCCGGGGGCUCAGAACGCAGUGGGCAGCAGAUUGUUGGCCCUCCCAAAAAGAAGAGCUCAAAUGAGCUGGUUGAGGACUUGUUUAAAGGUGCUAAGGAGCAUGGGGCGGUUCCUGUUGACAAACCAGGCAAGGGACCUGGAGAAUCCAGCAAAUCCAGCAAGCCGUUUGGGGGUGGUGGUUAUCGAUUGGGUGCAGCCCCAGAGGAAGAGUCUGCUUAUGUGGCUGGAGAGAGGAGACAGUUCAGCAGUGCGCAAGAUGUGCAUGUGGUGCUGAAGCUGUGGAAGACUGGCUUUAGUCUUGAUGACGGAGAGCUGAGGAACUACAGUGAUCCUGGGAACGCUCUCUUCCUGGAGUCGAUCCGCAGAGGGGAGAUUCCUCUGGAAUUGAGACAGCGUUUCCGGGGUGGACAGGUAAACCUAGACAUGGAGGACCACCGGGAUGAAGAUUUUUCCAAACCCAAACUUGUUUUCAAGGCCUUUGCUGGAGAAGGACAGAAACUUGGCAGUGCCACUCCAGAGUUGGUGUCGCUCCAGGGAAGCCAGCAGGACCAGGCCGCCAGCGAAGCUGAGGCUAGUGCUUCCAUCAGUGUGGACAGCUCUCAACCUGUCACUAGCAUCCAGAUCAGACUGGCCGACGGAGGCCGGCUGGUGCAGAAGUUUAACCACACCCACAGGGUGUCUGAUGUGCGUCAGUUUGUGGCCAGCGCUCGCCCGGCUUUAGCUGGCACCGAGUUCGUUCUCAUGACAACUUUCCCAAACAAGGAGCUGACGGACGAGAGCCAGACGCUGAAGGAAGCCAACCUGCUGAACGCCGUCAUUGUGCAGCGGCUAAAGUGACCAGUGACCUGGCUUUAUUAAAGCACUCUGGAGCUGGAGUUACCGGGACUGAAAGGACUUCUAAUUACUUAAUUUUGUUUUCUUUAGUGAUAUGUUAUUCCUCUGUGACAGUUUUGGGGUGGUGGGUGUUUCUGAUAAAGCAAAACGGAGAUGAAGGGGAAAAAAAUCACACUGUGAUACAGUUAAAGAGAGGGAGAGUGGAACCGAAGAGAAGAACUAACAAGUUUUACGGUUUUAGAAUAACUGCUGAACACAUUCAGAUUUGAAAUAAAGAGCUUUCUGAAAAGUUUUGACAUCCUUUUACCUCGGUGUCUAUCUUGCAGCUUUAUGCUGCUUUGCUUUACCUCCUCCUCAGUUUUAUUCCUCGUUCUGUGAUUCGUCUCUUAACAUUUCUCAGAACUGUCAUUAAAACUAAAGUAGCCUUAUAUUCUAUCCCCAUGACCAAGAUCAACCUCAACUGUCAAUGAUCAAAACUUUUUUUUUUUUUUUUUUUUUAUAAAACAAUCUAUCUUUUAUGACAUUUUGAGGCUUUAUUUUGUUAUUUAGGUUGUCACACUAUAUUGAUUUUUUUUUAUUAUUAUUAUAUGUUGCCUGGUUAUUAGAGUGAAAUGAUGAAUUGGUUGCUUAAGAGCCAACUUCAAUUUUGGACACUGCUGCUGGUGAACAUAUCAGUGGCCUUCUUGUAUUCUAUGCAGAAGCUGACUAUAAUUCUGGAGAUAUUGUGUGAUUGUGAGCUGUGGUGAACCUGAUAUUAAACCCCUUUGUCUGUCACUGGAGAGCGCUUUAUUUUUCGGAGCGUUUGAGAGCAUGUCACCACCAGGUGCUGAUAUCCUAGCGUGCGUCCCCCCCACCCUCAAUAAAAGAGACCUUUGCAUGUCA